CACACCGGUGACUUUGAUACAGGUUCUGCAUUGGUACUGACUAUUGAAAGUACUUUGAUAACCGCAUGCUCAUCAGAGUCUCUGGUUAGCAAGGGACACUUUAAAAACUUCUGCAUUCGUUUUGCUGAUGGAUUUGAGACCUCUUGGGAUGACUGGAAACCAGAAGUCAGGACCGAUCUAGUGAUGAAUGCUUGUGUUGUGCCGGAUGGAACAUAUGAAGUGUGUUCUCGGACAACAGGGCAGGCUUCAGCAGAAAGCAACAGUGCUGGCACAUGGACCCUCAAUGUAUUGUGGAAGAUGUGUGGUAUUGAUGUGCAUAUGGAUCCAAAUAUUGGAAAAAGGCUUAAUGCCCUUGGCAAUACUCUGACCACACUGACUGGAGAAGAGGACAUAGAUGAUAUCGCAGAUCUGAACUCUGUAAUCAUGGCUGAUCUCUCAGAUGAAGAUGAAGUUGACAGCAUGUCUCCUACAGUCCAUUCAGUACGUUCCCAUACAACC